GUGCGGCAUGGAAAGGGUGUGUUAGGUGUUUACAUGGUAUCUAUACGAUAUGGUGACGGUCGCGCGAAAUGUUUAAACAAAGACGCGUCAAUUUGUUCAUCUAUUUCUGGAUGCCGUCUAAGGGGGUUUCGCUUGAAGCCACGACGAACACAUCUUGUAUUCGAUGAUCAUAAGGAAUAGUAAUCGCCGAGUAUCGUAAUGUGGAAGCUCGAGGCGGUUUUCCCCUUAUCCUUGGCGGUUCUGACGGUCAUCUUCGUCGCGGGUGUCAGUUGCUCCGAAGAUGAGGAAAGAUUAGUUCGCGACCUAUUUCGAGGGUACAACAAACUCAUCCGGCCUGUUCAAAACAUGACCGAGAAAGUGGAUGUCCGUUUCGGCCUGGCUUUUGUCCAACUCAUUAACGUGAACGAGAAGAACCAAAUUAUGAAGUCCAACGUUUGGCUUCGAUUGGUUUGGAAUGAUUAUCAACUGCAGUGGGAUGAAGCCGAUUACGGAGGAAUCGCUGUAUUGCGUUUGCCACCCGAUAAAGUUUGGAAACCAGACAUUGUCUUAUUUAACAAUGCUGACGGCAACUACGAAGUUCGAUACAAGUCCAAUGUAUUAAUUUACCCGAACGGUGAAGUUCUGUGGGUCCCACCAGCCAUUUAUCAAAGUUCUUGUACAAUUGACGUGACAUACUUUCCUUUUGACCAACAAACUUGCAUAAUGAAAUUUGGUUCUUGGACUUUCAAUGGAGAUCAAGUAUCUCUAGCCUUGUACAACAACAAAAACUUUGUCGAUUUAUCUGAUUAUUGGAAGUCCGGCACGUGGGAUAUCAUCGAAGUACCGGCUUACCUCAAUAUCUACGAGGGUAAUUACCCCACGGAGACAGAUAUCACAUUUUACAUCAUUAUCAGAAGGAAAACAUUAUUUUACACUGUAAACUUGAUCCUGCCCACAGUUCUCAUUUCGUUCCUUUGUGUUCUUGUCUUUUAUCUCCCAGCGGAAGCUGGUGAAAAAGUUACUUUAGGAAUUAGUAUCUUACUGUCUCUGGUUGUGUUCCUGCUGCUGGUAUCGAAAAUCCUGCCGCCGACUUCUCUCGUGUUGCCUCUUAUAGCUAAAUACCUCCUGUUCACGUUCAUUAUGAACACAGUCAGUAUUUUAGUGACCGUAGUCAUCAUAAACUGGAACUUCCGAGGACCGAGAACACAUAGGAUGCCUUCGUGGAUUAGAACGGUAUUUUUAAAUUACCUGCCUACAAUGUUGCUUAUGAAACGGCCUAGAAAAACUAGACUACGAUGGAUGAUGGAAAUGCCCGGAAUGGGCGUUCCUCCACAUCCAUACGGAUCGCCAACUGAUAUAUCUAAACCAAUAAGUUCCAUUGAAUCGCAAAGUAAAGUAGAAGUAAUGGAACUGUCAGACUUACACCAUCCAAACUGUAAGAUUAACCGGAAGAUCAAUUCGGAAAUUGGCGUGGGCGUCGCUGCGGACAGCUGUAGACGUGAAAGCGAAAGUUCGGAUUCGCUACUUUUGUCGCCGGAAGCGUCGAAGGCUACCGAAGCAGUUGAGUUUAUAGCUGAACAUUUAAGGAACGAAGAUCUUUAUAUUCAGACUCGUGAAGAUUGGAAAUAUGUUGCGAUGGUGAUAGAUAGGCUCCAGUUGUAUAUGUUCUUUAUUGUGACAACGGCAGGAACCGUUGGGAUUUUGAUGGACGCUCCUCACAUAUUUGAAUAUGUGGAUCAAGAUAAGAUCAUCGAAAUAUACAGGGGAAAAUAGGAGUGAAAAAGACGGACGUCUUCGAAUUCAUAUUCAAAAAAAAAUCGGCCUUUGUCGCGAUGUGAGUAAAUAUUAUAAAGUGAAGUGAGACGACCCCAAGGAGUGCAUCAACAUUAAUCAUCAGGAGCUUGGUCGAAAAAGGGACGGGACACUCGAAAAUACACCAAAUAGAUUAAUAUAAAUAAACAAAGAAAUAUACUUCUUCCAUUUUGUAGUAAUAAUUGAAUCAAGGCGGGUCUUAAAUUAGUUAACGAGAUAAAAAAUAAAUAAGUAAAUAAACGAGUUAGCGCGAGUCCUGUAGGACUGUGUCGAAAUACUAAACACUGUCAUUUGUUUUAGAUUAUAGCGAAGUAGGAGAGUGUGAUUUGGGCAGUGUUAUACUGUACAAGUGAACGAAAUGGGCUUUAACACGAAACCAAAUAGCUAUAUAGAGCAAAAACCUCCACUUUUCGAAGGGUCAGUUCGGGUGACGACCUGUGGCUUUUUAUCCGUUGUAAUUUAACGCGCGGAAUGGGUCAAAGCUUCGACCUAUUUGUGCUGAUCGAUAGCUUCCGUGAUAACGCCACCGGACGGUUCAUCGAAGCGAAUAUUUGCAGUAGCUUUCACUCAAUUGGUUCCUUUGAUUAAUAAAUGAAAAUAAUAUACUCUUCGUUUUUAUUUAAUGGUUUUAUGUUUGGGUUUUUAAUCGAUUAAAUUAUCAAAAAUAAAAAUAAUAAUCUAUGCAAAUGAAAGGCUAAGGUCGUUGCUGGAGCGAAAACGAAAACACAAAGGCGCUAGUAUAAAAAUUAAAUGUUAUUAACGAUUAAAAUGUAAACGUAAUAAAAAUGAAUGUUUCCAUGUAUAUAAUCAUAAAUCUAGGGAUGGCGUCUUUGUAGUUUAACGUUCACCGUAAGAAGGCAAACUAUAAAAAUACUACUAGCGGAGUAAUAACUAAAAUAGUUAAGUAAUAGCGGUCUGUACAUUAUUCUUGCUCAACGAGGUCUGAGGUGUACGCGACAGAACAGAAUAAUAAUAUAUUUUUCUAAAAGAGGCUUCCGUCGUAGACGUUUAAACUGUUCCCGGAUUGAAUUUUCUCCGCACCGUUCCCAUUUGGUAUAUUUAGGGUCCUAAGGCAGUUGUGUUUUCUACCAAUAGUAAAACGAUAAAACAGUUGCUCAAAGGUGAAACUAAAUACGAACAAAACAAAAAAUAAUUAAAAUAAAAAUACUAAAUCGUCUGUACAAUAGGCGCUCUCGAUAACUUUAUACGUAUGGUUUUGUACAGCCUUGUAUACUUUCUUAAAAAAGUAAAAAAAUAUGUAAUCGAUAUCACUGAGACAAUAUUGAAAAGUUAAACGACACAUUGCAUCCCAUUUUCCGUAUCUCUUACGUAAGAAACGUUACAAAUAUGUAGCCGUAGGCGGUUUCGUUCAGGCGAGUGUAUGCUGAAUCUGAAUGGUCUUCCAUAUUUAAAUUUUCAGUAUUGUUUUCCUGGUGGUUACCUAUCAGAUGAGAGAUGAUAUAAUAUUUUUACUAGGCGCAAUAAGUCUAUAAGUUUAAGUGUGUGAAAGUGGCCGUGUGUUCGCGUAGUUUGUCGAAUCUAUUGUGUAUUAAUUCAGGUGGAUAGGUUAUUUAAAAAGAACAAAAAAAUUAUUAAAUAAACAUUAUGGUAAAUCUAUACCGUAUAGCACUGCCUGCAUUGUUUCAGCACGUAUUGCUUGGAACACCUAUUGACUAUUAAAAUAACAAUAAUCAUUAACCUGUUAAAACGAAUGUUAAUGUACCAGAAAGACGCAUUUACAAUAAAAAUACACAGAAUAAUUGUUA